AUGGCAGCAAGUGCAGCCGACGAUGUCUCUGUGGGUUCUACGAACACCAAAGUGCGCUUACGAGUCCAAGGUCUCAGGCGCUUGACGUCCAACACACCAGAUGAUACUGAGGCGGAUGAUACAUCAGAAGAGACCAUUCUGCUGCCAAGCCAUCUGCCAGUUUCAGCGUUAUGGGACAAGUUGAAGGAGCUCGAUUACGAUCCGCCCGAUGUUCUCUAUCGCAACGGGAAGGCCUGGAGGCCUGGCUGCACUAAGACGGCUUUCAAGGAAUUCGAGAAAAUCACCGUAGUCGAAGACCACUUGUGUGAUCCUAGUAAAUCCAUCCAUGUUGAUGAUCGACUCAUUGCAUAUACAAAUCGACGCUUCGGGCAGCCGAUCCAGUUCAACAUAGAUGAAAAUACCUCGAACGUCUACGGUAUCAAAGUCGAUAGCCUAAAGGAUUCGCGUGGGUUGGAGAUCACGUUCCACCGGACAGUUAGGAUGCCAGAUGAUGAAAAGAUUCACCAGCUGCCCGGAUCACUUGGAGCUUUCCCCCUUCAUAGUGUUGCGGCAUAUUCCGACAAGUUGCCUGAUGCGAUUGUGCAGGAGGGUGGAGUCUUCAUGCCCAUGUGGCAGCGAGAGGCACUUUGGGUGAGUCUUGAAGCACCAUAUGGCAGACAUUAUGCAUUGAGAUUCUCGCUGGGACGCAUCAAUGCUGUCUCUGGACUGCAAAUGGACGAGACAAAAGAGGUGCCGGGAGAUAUAGAAAGCGCCCAAGACUAUGUGGUCGUCCCAGGCCAGGAGUGGCUGGAUGGGAUUUGUGUCGCUUCCGGCAUUGUCAGACAGUUUGUUGCUAUGCCAUUGGGAUCUGGCUACACUGUCGAGGGACAAAAGACAGGAAAGGAGAAGCACGGAGGUCUCCAGAUCGAGGUAAUCCCAUCCUUCGAAGUGAAGCUGCGGUCCUGGGUCACAGACCAGAAUGAAUGUCUCGGUGUAGAAGAACUCCUUGACCGUCUCGUGAGCGUUCAUAUCGACGAAUUCAAAACGCCACGCGAGUUGGGGCUCGAGGUUGGCGCCACGAUAAGGUUAUAUCCAGCUGAAGCCUUUGAACAUGUCCCGUCGACUUUGCUAGACAUGGCUGAUGGAGGAGGGAUAGAGGAGAACGGCCCACAAUUCACGUCAACGUACACUUUGGGGUGGAGGACAAGCUCUAGUUUAAUGCUACGCCCGACAAGGAGUGAAGACACAAUGUUUCUAGCGGAUUCCAGUGAUGGUGUUGAAGACACAAUGCUUCUAGCGGAUUCCAGUCAUGAUUAUUCGCUUGGCUUAGAUGUCGCCGGUGGUUUUCUAGAAACAGUUCAAGCCUCCACUACGCUGGCUCGGGCGCAGACGCUGAUGGGGGUCUCGGAUUUACAUAUGGCCAGUGAAUUCCUCGAGGGAGAGCUACUUACGCCAGGUUCAAGAAAACACGAAAUAUUGCAAGCAGAAAGAGAACCUAAGAUCACGACCAAAGACCUCAAGGCAAUGGGACUCGCUGCAGGUGGCAAGCUCGUCCAAGAUAUAUACCGCGACCACAACCCAGCACACAUCUGGAACACCGAAGCCGCGAGAAUCGUCCACGUCCACAUCCUGGACCCAGCUUCUUGCGAAGCCGUCACCCACGUCGUGCCGCCGCCGCCGCCGAUCGACGCGAUGGGCUACAUCGAGGAGGGCGGUGCCUUCUUCGUUGUGGAAGAGCAGCCCGAAAAUCGUGUUGAGGGAGGAGAUUUCGACAACGUUGAGUCCGUCUCGGCGGUGGAUAAAGGUAAAGGUGUGAGGACUGAGCCGUCGCUUGAUCCGAAUCAGCCGACCCAGUGCAAAUGUGGCAUCAGACUAUGUGACUGCGUCGUCCGACCCUGCGACCAUCAGUUCUGCAACGUCUGCGUCCGCGAAAUCGACCCGUCAUCAAUCACCGGCGCCUUCACAUCGGUGGAGCCGCAGUCGCGAGACAAAUGGUUCUGCCCGACGUGCAAGACUGCGGUUUCCUACGUCGCGGGAUUCUCAGCCCCCAUGAACUUGCCCGGGGAGGACAGUGUCAAGGUCAGGGUGCCGGUCAAUGUGCUCGAGGUCAAGGAUGGCAGAGUGGCAUUCAAGAGUAUCCAGCGGUCCAGGCUAUAA